AUGCAUAUACCGAUAAAGGAUGAGUAUGUGCGAGAUUUUUCGUUCGAACCAGAAAUCAUCCUGCGGCGUAAGGAUUCGCUAGACAUUCAGCGUGACAAGUACCACCGGAAGCGAUUGAACAGUCGACGGAAGCGGAUGAAGCAGAACGCACUGCAGGUGUUGGCCAAGUCGUCGCCAGUCCUACCGCCAGACCAUCACCGUCCAACGGAGCGCACGGAUGAUGGUGGCUCUGGUGAGGUGCUGGACGGUACGAAAAGUGGUAGCAAUAGUGAGACUAGUGCAGGUAUGCCGAGCAGCAUGUCCAACGCCACAUUGAUUGGUGUAUCGUCGCCCGCGGCUUGUCCGCCGGGUAGCGGGCUGGACGAUCUCGAUCCUGCGGAUAAGGAAGAAAUCCGCCGCAGUAUCGUUGACAUCGAGAUAGAAGAGUUUUACUACGUAAGUGCGCAGGCACAGGGACAGGUAGACGCAGAAUUUAGAUACCCACACGUACCCACAAUGUAUGGUCGGUACACGAAGGACCUAGGAGAAUACGCCAAAGAUGAAGCGCGAAGACUCAGGCUUCUUGAACGACGAAGAAAAAAAGAUGAUAAAGCAAGAAACAAGGAACUGUUGGAUGUCCGAGACAACAAGUUCUUCAAGGCCGCCUCCUGGCUGUGGCGUAACACAUUCGCUCGGCUGGGCGAAGACUGGGUGUUUUUGGCACUGUUGGGUAUCAUCAUGGCGUUGCUAUCCUACGUGAUGGAUAAGGGCAUCUCGAUGUGCACGAACUCACGCGUCUGGUUGUACCGGGAUCUCACCAACCAUCCGGUGGCACAGUAUCUGGCCUGGGUAUCGCUUCCCGUCUGUCUGAUCCUGUUCUCGGCCGGCUUCGUCCAUCUGGUCGCACCGCAGAGCAUCGGUUCCGGCAUACCGGAGAUGAAAACGAUCCUGCGCGGCGUAGCGCUGAAGGAGUACCUCACGUUCAAGACGCUGGUCGCGAAGGUGAUCGGUCUCACGGCGACGCUCGGCAGUGGCAUGCCGCUCGGCAAGGAAGGCCCGUUUGUACAUAUAGCUAGUAUAGUAUCGCAGCUGCUAAGUAAGAUCAUCACAUCAUUCCAAUCGAUCUACGAAAACGAAUCACGCAACACGGAGAUGUUGGCGGCGGCCUGUGCGGUCGGUGUCGGUGCCUGCUUUGCGGCCCCGAUCGGGGGCGUACUGUUCAGCAUCGAGGUAACGACGACGUACUUUGCGGUGCGCAACUACUGGCGCGGAUUCUUCGCAGCCGUCUGUGGUGCUACCGUGUUCCGGCUGCUGGCGGUCUGGUUCCAGAAAGCGGACACCGUGACCGCCAUGUUUUCGACCAACUUCACGUCCGACUUUCCCUUCGAUCCGCAGGAACUUUUCGUGUUUGCACUGAUCGGACUCAUCUGUGGCUUAGGUGGUGCCUUGUACGUGUGGGUGCAUCGGAAGUACGUACUGUUUAUGCGCUCGAACAAAAAGAUGAACAAAUUCCUGCAGAAAAACCGUUUUCUAUAUCCCGGCAUUGUGGCGCUAAUUGUGGCCACCCUGUCCUUUCCGCUCGGCUUCGGUAAGUACAUUGCCGGCGAGCUGAGCACACACGACCAGGUUCAUCAGCUGUUCUCAAACUUUACCUGGACGAAGCACGAGCUCACCGUUGAGCAGGCGGCCGUCGUAUCGAACUGGCGCACACCCGAAACGAACGUGUUUGUUAACCUGAUUAUUUAUUUGCUGUACACGUUCUUCUUGUCGAUCAUUGCCUCAACCAUUCCCGUGCCAUCCGGUAUGUUCAUACCAGUGUUCAAAAUUGGCGCCGCAUUUGGACGCAUCGUCGGUGAGUCGAUGCAUCUUUGGUUCCCGCAUGGCGUCCGGUAUGGGGGCAUGUUGGCACCGAUCAUUCCCGGUGGCUACUCGGUAGUUGGGGCGGCCGCUUUCUCCGGUGCCGUCACACACACCGUGUCCGUCGGUGUGAUCGUGUUCGAGAUGACGGGUCAAAUAACGCAUAUCGUGCCGGUCAUGAUCGCUGCGCUGAUCUCAAACGCCGUAGCUGCGCUGCUGCAACCGUCCAUGUACGAUAGUAUCAUUCUCAUCAAAAAGCUACCGUACCUGCCGGAUCUGCUGCCGUCCGGCUCGGGCAUGUACAACAUUUACGUCGAGGACUUUAUGGUGCGUGACGUGCGCUAUAUCUGGAAGGGAAUCUCGUACCAGCAGCUGAAGGAAAUCCUCAAAGCCAAUAAGAGCCUCCGAAGCUUACCGAUCGUCGACAGUCCGGAUAACAAGGUGCUGCUUGGUAGCGUGCAGCGCUACGAGCUGAUCAAGAUGAUCGACAAACAUAUCGGGCGCGAGAAACGGCUCGAAGUGGCCGCUAAGCUGAUGAAGGAAGCGGAGGAGAAGGCGCGGGAGGAACAGGAGCGUCAGAAGCGCGAAGCCGCAGAAGCAUUGAAAACGCGCCGUCCAUCACGGUUCGAGGUUGUUCCAGCGCCGGACAUUUUGAAGCUCCGCGAACGGGCCAACAACGAAAUGCUACCACCACAAGCGCGCCGCGAAUCUAAUGCGUCCGUUACGGGCGGACCGGUGUUCGGUGGUACUCAGCCGAAAAAAUCCAUCCUUAAGAAAACGAACUCGUUCACGCUGAAAGGCUUCAGUCCGCUGUCUCCGCACAGUCCAGUGCACACGCCGUACACGACGAUCACCGGUACCGAGAGCCGCAUUCGGUCGGCGUUCGACAUCAUCUUCCGCAAGUCGGCUACGCUGCAGGAUGUGACGCCCGAUCCGGAAAUUGGUUCGAUCGGUACGCCGAGCAUCGUCGGGUCAGAGGUUGCUCCACUAACGCCCGGCAUCUCGAAGAAGGUGCAACUGCCACGGGAGCGCGUUAUCGAUCUGACCGCCGAGGAUCAGAAGGCUUGGGAGAUGGAAGAGAUGGCAAAGCCGAUCGAUGUCGAUCAUCUUCAUAUCGAUCCGGCUCCGUUCCAGCUUGUCGAGCGUACAUCCAUCUUGAAGGUCCACUCGCUAUUCUCGAUGGUGGGCAUCAAUCACGCCUACGUCACCAACGUCGGUCGUCUGGUUGGUGUGGUGGCUCUGAAGGAGCUACGAACGGCUAUUGAGAGCGUCAACAAUGGAACACUGACGCCAGAGUCCGUGAAAGCCAAACAGGAAGAAGAAGCUCGAGCACUUGCCCAAAAAGAAACCGACAACAAUAACGGCAUUUCGGCGGAAGAUCCACUCCUCCCGAAGAGACCCGGCGACACGUUUAGUGACAAAAAAGUAAAUAACACAAUCACCUCGAUGGAUUCGGCACUGUCCAACUCGGACAACUGUUCGGACAUUGAGCUAGACAAUAUUAACACUAGUCACGGUGAUACAUCGACCACUAAUGGUACCACCAUCAAGCCACACACCAACAACCAUUCCAGCCAACAGCAGUAG